AUGCUGUGUGUCCAUCUGCAGAAGAUUAUGAGGGGUAUGACGGAGAACUCGGUGUCGGGCUUCUCCGGCACCAUGCUGGAGACUCUCUUUAAAGUUUGGGACUCCCAGGGGAGCUUGGAAUGUGGCAGCCAUCUCACCCCUCCACGCCCGGUCUACAUUGUUCAGACAAGCGAAGCGGGAUUUAUCGGCCUCUUUAGCGACGGCAUCGAAAUUCAACAACUGUUUUUGUCACUCACAGAGCUGCGGGAAACUCCCAGGCCUCAUGAUGAGUCUGUCCUUCCGUGGGAUAUGGGCAAAAUGGAAAAUAUGAGCGGGAGCAUGGAUAAUAGUAAUAAGGGAGAAUCGAGGGAAAGUCUCAGUGGAAUUCUCAACCCCACAACAUGUCUCCAUUUGGGCGAUGUUCUAUUGUUCACCGUCACCCCUCGUGAUUAUCCUCAGUACGAUAUUGACAACUUGUACAACACAAACAGUGAUUUUGACUGGGGGUCACUGAGAAAACUGAAAGAGGAGCUGACUCUCUCCUGGACACCUCCCAGCUUUUUUUCAAUUGUCUUCAACCAACCCGGAGUUUAUGUUUUUAGGCUUAGCAGCCAUCAUCACAAACAUAUGUACGUGCGGGUAAUGGGUGCAGGAGGCCAAUGUUACGAGCCGGGGCCCUUUUUUGCAACUAAUCCGCGUCACGUCACAAGAGUGGGCAUCAGGAAGAGAAGAAAUCUUUUACUGCGUCCUGACUGGCUGGUGACGGGAGGUCUUUUGUUUGGAGCCGCCCUCAUCUUGUGUUUAUGUGUCAUUGUCUUGAUCCUUUUCCACGAGUAUGGUUGGCCUGAGAAGAAGCCAAUCACGGCGCGGUAUCACACACGGCAGAUGACCUAUCACAUGGAAGACUACGCAUCAAAAGGUUCAAGGGUGAUGUCACAAAUGAAAAUACACAGAAAACAACAAGCUGUCAUCAGGCUGACUUCCAUUCAACCAGAGCCUUCAGAGGAAUUCUGGGAUUACGAACACCAGGUGGAUCUGGAGGCCUUCAGCAGCAACACUUUCUACAACCUGCUUCUCAAACACAGCGUGUCAGUCACUUCACGGCUCGGACAGCUCACCACUGAGGUCAAGGAGCUUUAUCAGGGUGUCCUCGAGAAACUCCGGAUGCUCCAUCCUCGCUUGGUGGAUGAGGAGAGCACGGAUGACGUUUACGAGAAGACCAGAAGAGAGGUGGAGAAGGAGGUGGUCCGCAGGAGGUCUUUGGCUUCGCACCUGAGGAUGCUGCUCAACAGUCAGCUUCAGGUUUUGAGGCGAGAGCAGCAGGCACAGCAGAAGGUCCACAGUGUGUUCACGGCUCAAGUGCGAGAAUGUAGCAGAAUACUGGGCAAGAUCCACCAGACAGCUUUUGGACAGCGCCAACAAAAUUUAAUUCAGCGGUUAAGGUCGCUCGUGGGAGAAAUGGGAGGGUUGGUAUCCGCAGAAUGUCGGCGCCAGGGCUCCUGGGGGCUCUUGGGUGAAGGCACGGGGGCCAAGCUGCUCUGUCCUGACACAGGCACUGUGCUGAGCAAAGACGGCAUCUUUGGUUCUGAUGGAUCUCUGCGAGAAUGUUGCCCUGCUCAUUACGACACAGUCACAGGCCUUGUUAGACCAAACGCUCACAGCCACAUGUUGCUGAGCAACGGUCACACUAUGGCGGUUCCUCCAGAUUUCUUCGUGCAUCCACAAACCGGUCAUGUUCUACCCAUUGUUGGAAACGUCGCCUAUGACCCCGAAAGUGCCACUUUGGUCAUCACGACUGAUUUGUGUGCAGGAGACAACAAGAAAUGGGAAAGUCCUCCUAUACCUUUCAUUCCAUACCCGACCUCCUGCCACUCAAACCAACCUCUGCCCAACAUCUGUCUCAGAGGCCUUCGACCAGGUCAAAAACUGCAGCUGGGUGCCCCCAUGGCAGACGCAGACACGGGAGUCCCAGUACCUAUUCUGGCCGUUACCAUCCAGCCACAAACUAGUCUGGUCUACCCACUGGGGAAGACACAUAUAUGCCCCAUCACACGUUUGCCGCAACCUGUCCAGAUCGGUUCUCCAAUGAUGGAUCCUCGGACGGGAAACGUUGUGCUGACUGUUGGCAUCAGUCUCGAUCCGGUGUUGUGCUGCCAGUAG